GUGCCCUCAUUCUCGAGCGACGGAAGUCCGCCUGCUGGUCCCUGCUGCGGGGCGAUAUGAGUGGAGAUGAUGAGUUGAACCUCUUAGUCAUUGUUGUUGACACUAACCCUAUUUGGUGGGGAAAGCAGGCAUUAGGAGGCUCAGAGCUUACAUUAUCAAAAUGCCUCGAUGCAGCUAUGGUGUUGGGAAACUCGCACUUAUUUAUGAACCGCAACAACAAACUGGCUGUGAUAGCCAGUCAUAUACAGGAAAGUCGUUUCCUCUACCCUGGAAAACAUUGGGCACCAGCUGAUAUCUUUGGUGAAUCUAAUAUAUCUGGCAGCAAGGAUGGAAAAUAUGAGUUGUUAACAACCAUAAAUGAAACUAUUGCAGAAGAGAUCAAGGACCUUAUGACCAACACUGAAAUAAGAGGGCAGCAGACUGAAUCAUUACUGGCAGGAUCUCUUGCUAAAGCAAUUUGCUAUAUUCACAGGAUGACUAAAGAGGGAAAAGCCAGCCAGGAAAUCAAGUCUAGGAUUUUGGUCAUAAAAGCUGCUGAAGACAGUGCGUUGCAGUACAUGAACUUCAUGAAUGUGAUCUUUGCAGCCCAGAAACAGAAUAUUUUGAUUGAUGCCUGCGUUCUGGAUUCUGAUUCAGGGCUCUUGCAGCAGGCUUGUGAUAUUACUGGUGGCAUUUACUUGAAAAUUCCCCAUAUGCCAUCUCUGCUGCAGUAUUUGCUGUGGGUAUAUCUGCCUGACCAAGAACAAAGAUCCCAGCUAAUUCUCCCACCCCCUGUUCAUGUUGACUACCGAGCUGCCUGCUUCUGCCACAGAAAUCUUAUUGAAAUCGGUUAUGUCUGCUCUGUGUGUUUGUCAAUAUUCUGCAGCUUCAGUCCAAUUUGCACCACUUGCGAGACCGCAUUCAAGAUUUCACUGCCAGCUGUCAUGAAGGCUAAGAAAAAGAAAUUGAAAUUGGCUGUUUAACAGCAUCGUUGGUGUAUGUUGAUUUCCAUGUGAAUUUCAGAUUGUAGCUGUUAAGCUACCAAUGAUGGUUAUGGGACACUGGAAAAGAGGGACCUGUAUGAUAAUCUCUGGGGCUAAACGUUUUGGAACAGCCACCUAAGUUGGAUGCAACUACUCUGUUCAGUGGCCCAUGUUGACACUUAAAACUUGUGCUAUAUUAUAAAGUCAGGAUGGUUAAUCUGUAACUGCCUUGAACCAAUGGCUUCAGCUGGUGCAGCUGUAAAGGCAGAAAUGCGUAAACCCGAGAGUGAUGCUUCUCUAAUGUAGUGUCGUUGGACCAGCUGCUCCAUUUGGAACAAAUCAAAUCAAUUUAAGCCAAGACACUUUCUUUAAAACAAAAGCCCCAAUUAUUUAAAUAGAAAUCUAAUAUUUGCUUUAGGAACUGAAAUUUUGGGGCUCCUGGGCUGGUCCUGUAGAGCUCCUUUCAAAUUAGUAGAAAGAACUGCCUGAUUUAAAGAGUGCAGAAGCUUUGGACUCUAGACUGCUCUGAGCUUUGGUUUUCAGCAUGGUUAACAAUGCAUCUUAGGUGUUUGUCCACCCUCACCGCACUUUUUAAUCGUGAUCACUGCAUCUGCUUCUAAACAGAGCCAGCUCAGCCAAAAAUUGAGCUGCAACAAGCAGAUUAACCCAUCACAGUUAAAUGCCACUAUUACAAGCACACCAACAGCUGCUUGGCAAUUUCAGUAAUGAAACUGAGUCACAUGCUUCCAUGCCAUGAAUUAUCCCUGUUUCCUAACAGAUUUAAGGAAUUCUGACAAAGGCAGCUGCUGCUCAUGCUGAGUUUGCUCUGCUUUGAGAACCGGGAAAGGUUUGGUCUUCCACACUGGAGUACCGAGUAGCUUAUCCUGUCUCAUGUUUGACCAGCCACAAGGAAAGAUUGAAUAGUGUGCUGAGGCCUCUGCCAUGCGGUUUUAUUUCCUUGAAUGUUGCACAUGGUUUCAGCACAGCCAAAAUACACUUUCUUUCUUUCUUUCAUCCUUCCACAAACAGUUAUCUGUGUGUGCUUUGCUUCCUGAGCCCAAAUUUAAAGAUUUAUGUUACAUUUGGUGGUCUAUCAGGAACCAGUGCUUUCUAGAGACUCUAUAAUUUAUUGACAGACCUGUAUAUUAUACUGAAUUUUUGCCAUCUCAAUGCUGUUUUGUUUUACAAAUGUUUUGUAACUUUUCCUUAAUAAACUGCUUCUAAGAAAACAG